AUGUAUUUCCUGUAUUGUUCUUUAAUUCUGGGAGUAUUUAGAAGCUGUGUUUGCGUUUUAGACACCAAGAGGUAUGUGUACGGACCGUCAAAGAUGUAUAAAUCCCAGAGUUCCUUUGUGAGAGAUUCGUUACACUACACAUACCCACGCGGAUCUCUAUCUAACAGCAUCUCUGGGGAUGACAUAGCAAGUCCAGCGAUACAUGUUGGGAACGGAGCACAUGGGAUACCAAUUGGAUACAACAAAACGCAUACCUAUGUCUUUGUUAGCUCAAAUGGACAGAUACUUUUUGGAAACAACAAUAGCUCCCCUCACCCUAUAAAGAAUUACACAGGACCUGACAUGCUGGCGCCCUACUGGACGGAUUUAAAUCCGCGAGGUGGAAAUAAUGGAUAUGUCUUCUACAAAACAUACGAUGCGAGCAAUCAAUUUGAUCAGUCUAUCAUUUCAAAGGCAGAUUACGAUGUACUUUAUAACAGUGGAAUUUCGCAUUUCUCUGCAAAAUGGGUAUUGGUUGUGACUUGGUGGAACACGGAAGUAGUGGAUUUUCCUGAUGAUGACCGAAUAACGAUACAGUGUGUCCUUAUGACGGAUUUCAUUACAACAUACGCUGUGUUUAACUACAUGAAUGUGGAUGUUGAUCCAACUCAUACUACUCAUAAGGUAGCUAUUGGAUAUAAGACGAAUGUGAGGACACUUAGUAAUUCUCAUUCAUUCAAAGAUGACGCAUUCGGCAUGAGCAAUUUUAGAGGAAACACAGGGGAACACGGCGUUUGGUUCUACGUAAUUGCGGAUGAUAAUGAUUGCAAAUGGAAGCCCUGUCAAAAUGGAGGUUCAUGUGUUGAAAAAUAUGGCGGAUACCAAUGUUCAUGCUUCACUGGCUUUACUGGGAUUAACUGUGAAAACGAUAUCAAUGAAUGUCUGGACUCUCCGUGUUCUAAUGGAACAUGUGUCAAUAGUCCUGGAUCGUACAUAUGUGGUUGUAAUCUAGGUUUCACAGGGGAACAUUGCGACCAAGAUAUCAAUGAAUGUAACAGUACAAUAAUGUCCUGUAAAAACAAUGCUUCGUGUUACAAUGAUAUUGGGUCAUUUAAGUGCACAUGCACACCUGGAUGGAACGGAACUUUCUGCGAUCAAGAUAUCAAUGAGUGUGAAGAGAAGCCCUGUUUAUAUGGAACAUGUGUCAACACAGCAGGUUCGUACCAUUGCAACUGUAGAGCCGGGAUUGGAGGACAACUUUGUGACGAAGAUAUCAAUGAAUGCGUGGACGCGUACCCCUGUGAAAAUAAUGGUACUUGUGUUAAUACUAUUGGAACCUUCAGAUGUACAUGUACUCUGGAUUAUGUUGGGUUGACUUGUAGUUACGAAAAUAGCAAACUUUUGGCUCCUGAUGAGUUUCCCUCAUCGUAG